AUGUCAUUUCAUCAGGAAUUUUUUACUUUGAACAACGGAGAAAAGAUUCCCGGAGUGGCUAUUUUAGGUACUGGUACGGCGUGGUAUAAAUCAGAAGAAACUGCUGAAAAUUUCUCAAACACGCUAGUUGACCAACUGAAAUUUGCUUUCACCUUACCAGGAAUCGUUCAUAUUGAUGCAGCUGAAUGUUACAGGACUCAUGGAGAGCUAGGUAAAGCAUUGAAGGACAGUAAGAAGCCAAGAGAUGAAAUUUUUAUAACAGACAAAUAUUCAUGCCAACACGAAAUAUCAGAGAACCCAGUCAAAGCUUUAGAUGCAGCGUUAAACAAAAUUGGAGCGGAAUAUGUUGAUUUGUUUUUAAUUCACACUCCAUGGAUUUCGAGAGAAGAACCUGGAUUUACGCUGGAGGAGGUCUGGAAGCAAAUGGAACAACUUUAUAAAGAAGGGAAAACCAAGAGUAUAGGUGUUUCGAAUUUUCGUACCGAAGAUAUCGAGAGAAUUUUGAAAGUUGCAGAGGUGAAACCACAAGUUAAUCAAAUUGAGUUCAAUGCCUUUUUGCAAAAUCAAACACCCGGUAUAGUGAAGUACUGCCAGAAAAAUGAUAUUCAGUUGGAAGCAUAUUCCCCUCUAGCACCCCUUCAGAGAGAACCCAGAAAUUCGCCGGAGUUACCAUUCUACCAACUCAUUUCUUAUCUGGCUCAGAAGUACGAAAAAACUGAGGCUCAAAUAUUGCUAAGAUGGGUCAAUGCCCGUCAUAUUGUGCCGGUUAGCACAUCUUCAAACCCCCAACGAAUCAAAGAUGCCCAGAAUGUUUUCAGCUUUGAAUUAACUGUGCAAGAAGUUGAAAAGAUCACUCAGUUGGGUUUGGAACACAAGCCUCUCAGACUGUACAUGAAAAGUGCAUAUGAUAAGUACAACUCUGACUCUCAAAAAGCUUAA